CUUUUCACUGACUAGCUGUCGUAUAAUGAGAAAAAUACUAAUAUUUUCGGAUCUUGCGUUGUUUUUGUUACUGAAUUACUAAUUUUACAUCUGUACAAUGGAUAAAUGUGGAAUCUGCUUAAAACCUACAGUUCCACUUUUUGAAACUGGUAAAGAUGGGGUAUACGCUUGCUUUAAAUGCCAACCUUUGGUCCCAGAAGUUACAUUAGAUGAUAAUAAUUUGGAUGAAUCCGAGCGGCAGUCACAAUCUUCAAAUAAAGAUGAGGACAACGAAGGAAGCCUCUAUUGUAACAUCUGUAAUAAAUCAUUCCAGAAGUCAAUGCAGCUUCAGAACCAUAUGCGAAAUCAUCGCGCCGAGAGGCGCUUUGUGUGCACUUACUGUAAUAAAGCAUUCUCUCAGUCUAACAAUUUGAGGGCACAUCUUCGUAUUCACACAAAUGAACGUCCAUACAAGUGUCAAGAGUGUGGAAAAGCCUUCACUCAGGUUACAAAUUUAAAUAACCAUGUCCGCCUUCAUACUGGUGAGAGGCCAUUUGUUUGUCCGGAGCCCGGAUGUAAUAAAGCAUAUGCCCAGGUGACAAAUUUAAAUCAACAUCGCAAGAGACAUAUGACAGGACGACCCAUGGAACACACUUAUGAUUGCACAGUCUGCGGCGAGAGGUUUUCACAAAGGAAUCACAUGUAUACACACAGAAGAGAAGCGCAUGACAUCAAGAGCCCCGUGCGGAGCGCCGCGCGACACGCGUGCAAGCUGUGCGCCGUCAGCCUGCCCAGCGAGCGCCUGCUGCAGCUGCACAUGGAGCAGCACGCGCACGACAAGGACUCCGCCGAGGAGCACAAUUGGGGCGUGUCGUGCGUGUUCUCGUCGUGCGGCGUGCGGCUGUCGUCGGCACGCGAGCACACGGAGCACCUGCUGCGCGCGCACCAGCUGCGCGUGCUGGCCGCGCACCACGCGCACCACGCGCCGCCGCGCCGCGGACGCCCGCCCAAGAUAAUGAAAGAUCCACUCGAACUCUCCAACACGGAUUACGACGAAGACAAAAUCAUAAAAGAGGAGCCUCAAUACUUGCCCAAGUUGAAAGUGCAGAGUUUGUUUCAGUGAUAGAGACAUAUAAAGGACAAUUACAUAACCAGUAAUGCUAUUCUGUAAGAACAAACUCGAAACACGCCGCAGAAAACGGUCGUAAAUGAAGGUCAGAAAGUGAUAUGCGAAAUUGUCCAUGAUAAUUAUAAUAUUUCAAGAAUACAAGCAUCAAAAUAGUAUAUCAUCCAUAAGGCGGUUGUCAAGAUUUCACGAGUGAGUAAUGAAGGAAGUUCCUACAGAAUAGCACUGCAGAUGAAAAUGAUCUAAUCUAUUCAUUUUUUUUUAUAGAAAGAACCAUAUAUUGUACUUAGUUGGAUAAUAUUGCAUAUGAUUCGAAAGUUAUUUGCUAAGUUAAAAUGUUCAAGAGAUCUAUAGUUAUAAAUAAUUAUAGUAUAAUUAAGUGAUAAAUAUAAGUGCAAUUUACUUAAAAUUAUGUAGUUAUAAGUUGUAAAGAUUAUCAUAGAGUAAAAGAGAUAUUAUAGGCAAUAGUGAUACACAGAUUAAAAAGUUAACGAGAAUAUUUUAUAGAGCAUCAAAAUUUUAUUUUGAUUUUUUUGACAUUUGAUGUUUUUUUUUUUUUUGUUUUAAAUUAUUUACGAAAAUAAUUUGGCCUGAAUGAAGACAGUUUUAAAAUAAUAUUUUUUAAAAACGAAGACAAGUAGAAUUUUAUAAUUAAAAAUAUAAGUACAUUUUAUUUUUUAAGAAGUGCUAACGAAAAAUAUAUUAAGAAAUUAAAGUUAUUUGUAUAGUAUCUUUUUUAGAUUACUAUAUUAAAAAACUAUUUAUUUUGUUUACGGAAAAUAGAAUUGUCUAUGAGGCGUUAUUUGAAUCUGAAGGCUACGAAUGACGGAUAGUAGGUUAACUGUAUGAAGAUCUUCUUCCUGCCGUUAUCCCACUACGUGGCACGACAUGUAUUUUCCUUCCACUUCUCUCUGCCACUCGUCAUUUCAGCACUUUCAUACACAUAUCAUUUCUUACGCAAUUCAUCCACGUUUUCUUCGGCCUCUCCCGUCCCCUAUAUCCAUCAACAUUCAUACUCAUCACCCUUCUAGUAACAUGCUUUUUAUGCCUCCUCAUCACAUGCCCAUACCACGCUAAUCUAUUGCUCUUCAAUGUUUCAUUUAUUGGCGGUACUUCAGACUUCCUCUGAUAUACUCGUUUCUUAUCUUGUCUAUUCUAGCUACACCGCACAUCCUUCUUAACAUUCGCAACUCUGCCACAUGUAUUUUUUUUACAUCCACUUUUUUUUUACCCAACAUUCAGAAUCAUUUUUUUUUCAAAACAUUCAGGUCUAAUGAUGGUCUUAUAAAUCUUCCCUUUUAACUUCAAAGGCACUCGUGGGUCACAAAUGGUCCCAGAGACCUGUCGCCAUUUCAUCCACCCUGCAUUUAUCCGGUUCCUCACGUCACUGUCAAUGUAACCAUCGUUUAGGAUUGAUGAACCCAGGCAGCGAAAAUCUGAGCAUAUUAGUAGAUGGACACCAUUUAAAGCUCGUGGGAAAAAUUCUAGGUACCACCGAAGUCGAAAACGGAUGUUCCGUUUUGGUUCUGCUUAUUUUUAAACCGACUCUCCAAUCUUUCCCGCCAUUUUUCGAGCUUGCUCUUACCUCGUUUGCAUUUUCACUAACGAGAACAAUGUCGUCGGCAAAGAGCAUACACCAGGGUGCCUCCUCCCGUAUGUCCGAUGUCCCAUUAUGAGGAGGAACAAAAAGGGCUUAAAGCCGAUCCCUGGUGUAAGCCCAUAGCCACAUCGAACGCGUCAGAAACACCGACUUCGGACCGGAUGCGUAUACUAGUACAGAUGGCAUACAUAUGGAUACAUGGCACGGAUAAACUGCAGGUACUUCACAGGCACUCUUUUCUCUUUCAAAGUCCACCACAGAACCUCGGGGUACUCGAUCGUACACCUUUUUGAGAUCAACGAAAACUAUGUGUAAUUUCUUAUGUGCACGUCUGUACUUUUUACACAGUAGGCGUAACGCAAAUAUGGCGUCCUUUGUUCCUCGUCCGGGCAUAAACCCAAACUGGCUCUGGGUCACCUCACUCUCUUCUCUUAUUCGUCUCGCUAUCACUUUCUCCCAAAUUUUCAUGCUAUAUGACAAAAGCUUUAUACCUCGAUAGUUGCUACAAUCCUGCACAUCGCCAUUGUUUUUUAAAAUGGGUACCAGUGAACUGUUGCACCGUUCAUCCGGGACCGCCUCUUCUUGCAGCAACUUUGUUGAGGUGCAUACAUACUUACAAUAUUCAACAUCAAAUCGUCUUUUAUUACUUUAACUAACAUACAUCCUUCAUUCACACUUUUAACUUCAACCACACAUUCUUUUAGUUCUCUCUCCAGAACUAUUCACACACCAUUCCUUUUUUCAUCGCUUUCAUAGUAGAAAAACUUGUAGUCUUCACCAAUUUCUCUAGCUUUUGUUCCCUUCCACUUAGUCUCUUGUAAACAAGCCACAGUUAUUCUUCUUCAUUUCAUGAUAUCUGCUAAUUCUCUGGCCCUUCCAGUAAUCGUUCCUGCAUCCAGCUUGCUAUCCUCAGUCUUACUUCCCGGACUCGCUUUUACGUUGCACCCGCCCCUGAUGCAACAACCCUUGUCCAUUUCUCACAGUGAUCGGGUGCUGACCCUAUCACUGUUUUCCUUUGCAAUCAAAUCCAUAUUGUUGUAAGGUUUUGGCUUAUGUUUUAUAGCAGGCCGCCUGCCUGACGUCAACCUUUCCCCGCCACCAUGCGGGUUCCUCAAGGUGCUCGGUGGAAUGUGCAAAAGGUCCUUCUUCCCUUAGGCGCUUCUACGACAUCCAUUGGAGGAGAUGGAUUAGCCCUGAUCUUAUCUUGCCGGGAACUAAACGGCGUGAAGAUGAUAUGAAGAUGAUAGAUACUAUUGUUUCGAUACAAAAAAAGUAAACGUCACUGAAACAAUUCUACUAUCCGUAAUCAAAACGAGUAGUUUUUUAAUAUAGUAACCUGGCUUAACUUACUAGUAACCGCAGGCUAUUGUCGAACAUAAUUGUAUCCUUUCGAGUAUAAUGGUAGUUCAAGCUGACUUAAUUUAAAAGUGAUACAUCACCAUCAGUAUCGUUUUUAAUUUAAAUUUUGAAAUGUUUCACAAUAAGCCUGGCGUUUUAUUACAAAUAUACUAGUAAGUAGGUAGAAUGACUUUGAGAAGGCAUUUAUAAUUACCUAACGGUAUCGCCGUAGUCUAGUUAUUACUACAUUUCGAUAAUAACAAUUUCUAUAAUUUUGUCUAUAUAAUUGUUUAUUGACGGCGUGAGGCUGGACUUCACUUUAUAAAAAAAAACCUGUAUCGUUUAUUAAAAAAUAUUGUGAAAAAAAAAUUAUUAAUAAGGUUCCGUACCAUAUUUUGGUGAAAAAUUACUACUACACUUACCAGUGUUUGUUUGUCAUUUUCCAAUUAAAGUGAUCGGAUCAAGACAUAAUUAAAUAUUUCUUAUAUUUUUAUGGCGCAAUGUCAUAUUUAACAUAUGAAUAAAGAAUUGGGGCAUUUAUUAAUUAUUGGAUGAUGGAGAAAUCAUAAAUGGAGGUGUCUAAUAAAAAUUAUUUAUGUAACAAACAUUAUUAUUAUACAAACACAUUUUUAUUUUUUUUAUUAUUAUAAAUAGAAAAAAUAUAUUUAAAAUUAAGCUUUUAUAUACAAACAAUCUUGUCUGCUUGCUUGCUUGCUGUCUGCUUGCUUGCAAUAGUGCUGUUGGCCUGUUGAGGAGUUCCUAAGCGUGGAGCCAAUCCUUUGUGUAGGUCAAUCAAUCAAGUCAUGCUUACCAUAAAAAUUCAAUGAACCAACACGUAAAAUUUCAACUAAUUCAGCUUGCAAUAAUUAAUUUUAAACUAAUUUCUAAUUUUUAAUAAUUAAAUUAAUUUCUAAUUCAGCUUGCAAUAAUUAAUUACAACAAUCUAAUGGACAUUGCAAGUUCAAUUAAAACUUGUAUAUAAAUAUAUAUGUAUAAAGGUUGUGCCUCAAAAAGUAAGUCUUCUAAUUAAAAUUGAACUGCAACGUAAUGAAAAAUCCGAACAAAGUGAGCUCAUGUUACGUUUGGUGUUUAAGUAUUAACAUGAACUGAAAUAUGGUACGGAGCCUAUUUUGCGAGAUUCGAUUAGCAUAUAUUCUUUUUUUAAUGUCAUUCACUUGCAUUUUUGUAAUUAAAAAUAAAAUACCUAGUGAUAUAAUAUACCUAGCGGAUGCACAAAUGUUUGUUUUGGAACUAAUAGGUGUUGUGAACUCUGUCCCAUUAGUUAUUUCAACUCUAGAUACGUUAUACAUUCAAAAUUAUCUUAGAGAAAGUAAGACAACGGUCUCUCAUUCAUUACCCACGGUGUGUGACGGCCGACGACCACGAACGUAACAACGGUGCGUGUAAAUCUGUGGCGGUCUUGAGAUUUUGAGCCAUUUUGACAUUCCAAAACGACAAGGUCUUUGAAGUUACCGACUUGCGCCGGUUUCGAUACACCGCCCCGGACUUGCUCUGCGCUUUCAUAUGAUACUCUUCCCAUUGUGUAUCGGUGCGGGCAUGUCCGCGUCAGUCCGUAGAUAUUGUUUGAUAAAUUACCACAAAAGUUCAUUUCUAUACUUUCUCCACUUUUCUAGUUUUUGUGAAACAACUCGAUGUUAACAAAAUAAAUAACCAAUACAAUAGUAACUUAUUCUUAAACAUAUCAAUAUAUUCUUGAUUCAAGUAGGAUCUUAUAUUCUCUUAUUAAUCGUCAUGUAACAGAAUUAAAUGACGUAAACAAUGACUGCUCAGGGAUGUAGCUUCUACCGAGAAGUACCGGCAAGAAACUUAGUAGUUACUUUUUUUCAAAAAUGUACACAAGUGUGUUAUUUGAAUAUAAUUGUUAUUGUUAGUUUUUUUCCUUGAAAAUCAACAAAUACUAAACUAGCUGACCGAUGAAUCUAGUGUUUUUAAGAGCACAAAUAAAGCCUAUUUUGUUGUUCGAUGUAUAAAGAUUUUCAUAUUUAUCUCUUACUAACUAUCCAGUUAGUACAAUACAAUAUUUUCAUACUUUUGAGAAAAUGUCAUGAAUUAUACUUGGAGUUCGUUUUGAAUGAAAGUAUCGUGUCUAGAGAUGAAAUGUCUCGAUUACUUUUAAAAUAAAAUCAAUCGUCUCGUUCAUUUGAAUUAAGUUUUGUUCAUACGUUACAGAUUAUAUGCUAAUGGUACAGAGGGUUGAUAUCUUGGCAACGGUUUGCCUGAAAAAGUAUUAUUUGAUGUGUAAGAAAAAUAAUAGUAUUAGAUGUGAUUUUGUUUGGGAUUGUAAUGAUAUCUCAUCUUGCUGAGGAGCGUGUACGAGAUGAGACACACGCGUGCUAACUUGUAUGUAUAUCUAAUGAAACUCACUUUUAUGUAUUUUGUUUUGAAGUCAUUCAAUCUAUGAAAAUAUUUUAUUUAACGAAUCAGAAGCCGAAGAUUGUUUUUUGUUCAAUGUGUAAAUAAUUUGUAGUCGAACUCACACUACAAACACAAAUGGGCUUAAGCGGAUAUUUUAUAGAACAUCAAACUGAACAAUAUGCUGGCAUAAAUAUUGGAUGUACGAUUACGUACAAUACAUUAAAAAUAUAUUCUAUCUGUUCGUAAUAUAUUAAGUAGAUAACUUUUAUAUAAUGCCGUUAGUACAAUACAGUAUAUUAUAUUAGAGUAUUAUCGUGACGUAUUUUUUUUACUAGAUUGUCAAUCAGAAUGUAAGAUUGAACGGUAUUUUUUAUUUUAUUUGAAAGCAUAACAAGUGAAAACGUGAAAUUAGAUCAUAAUAUUGUUUUUUUUUUUUUUUAACAAAUAUCAAAGGAACGGCUGUAGGUCGAUGAUCAUUCUUGAAUAAGUAAAACAAAACGACACAAUCGGCAUUAACAUUCCGCAGUACUAUUGUGGCAUUUAACCCCGCCACAAUAACAAGUUAAGGUCAAAAUAUAUUUACUCCAAUCUUAACGGCUAUACCUGCCUCUAACCAAUGAUGUUUUGCCUAAUGUUCGUUGUUGUAAGUGUGAAAUAAAAAACAAGUACUCCGACAUAUAUGAACUAUAUUUAAUAACGAUCUAAAUUUAAGAAAACACGUGCGUUAGAGUCGAAGUUCGGAUAAUAAAUGAAGUAUAGGUAGGCACAAUAAUUUCCUUCCUUUUUUUUAAAAGUUUAUACAAUAAUAAAAAAUGGAAUACAACAAAAUAAACGAAAAAUAAAUAAAUUCCGUGACAGCACACAUACGGUGUAUACAUGCUUUACAUGAAAUGUAAGGAACAUUUCACUAUAUUGCCGUGUCGCGUAAAAGAGAUUGCGUAUUUAAACUAUUACGACAAAAAAAGAUAGCUAGUAUUUGUCAUUUAUGCGUUUAUUUAUGCAGAUCAACCAAUUAAAUUAAAAAAAAAAUGUUAAUUUUCCGGCAUUCUGUUUCCAAUGCGAGGCCAUAUAUAUUUAAGGGUGAGUUUCAUUACAUAUACCCAAGUGAGUGCUUGCUUCUGUAGGUAUUUUAGUAUAAGGUGCAAAUGUUCCUAUGAGUGUCAGAUUAUUGGAUCGUAUUAUGGAUGGACAAAGUGUUGUAUGUAGUAUAGUCGACAGUUUCAAUGUAUCUAGCCUUGUUAAGUGGAAGCGGUGGAGAUUUUUCUAUUAACAUACACUUAUCUUAUUAAAUAUACAAUUUUCAACUA